AUGAGUGAAACGGAUAUCAUUGAAACUAUUAAUCAAUUAGUAUCAAAAGAAUUUUUAGAUAUUAAUGAUAUAAAUGAAUUAAUAGAUCAAAUUAAACAAUUAAAUUUUGAUACUGCUUUAAAUCAAAUAUCAAAUAAUAAUUAUCAUUUAAUUAAAUUAUUAUGUAAUGAAGCUAAAAAAAGUAUUGAUUCAAAUUUAGUUACAGAAAUUAUUAAAUUUAUAAAUGUUAUCGCAAAUGAAGAUAAAAAUAUAGUUUCAAUUUUAAUUGAAAUGGAAUCGUUUAAUUGGAUAAUACCAAACUGUUUUAUAGUUGAAGAGACACUUUCUAUUAAUUACCUUACAACUUUAAAUUUAAUAUUUUCAAACUUUGAUAAUUUACCAAAAAAAGAACUUUUAAAAUUAGAUGAUUCAUUCUUGGAUUCAUUAAUUGAAUUAGCAUUACAAUUUAAAGAUUAUUAUGAAACAAAUUUUAUUCAUUCAUUAUAUUAUACAAUGUUUGGAUAUCAAAAGAAUAUAAUUAGUGAUGGAUAUUCACCAUUGAUAUUAAAAUUAUAUUCAAUUAAAGAAGCACCAGAGAUUGGACCAGAAAUGAUAUCAUUAUUAAAUAGAAGUAAUUUAGAGUAUAAUAUGUUACCACAAUGUUUAUCAUUAAUAAAUGAUUUAUUCACAUAUAGUACAGAACAUGAAAUACCAUGUUUCUUUUUCACAUUAGAUAUUAAAGUUUUAAUUGAUAUAAUAAUUAGGGAAAUUAAUAAUUUAGACGAAUUAGAUCCAUCAAGAUGGCAAUUUUUAGAGGUAUUAAGUACAAUCAUUGAUCAUAGUGAAUAUUCUUCUCCAAAUUUUAAUAAUGAUAGUAAAGAUAAUAAUAAUAAUCAAAACAAUAAUUAUAAUGAUGAAGAAAUAAUAUCAUUUUAUAAAAUUGAUGAUAUUAAAAAUGUUUUAUCUAUAUUAAAUGAAGAUAGAAAUUCUGAAAAAGAUCCACAAUCAUCAAUCUUAUCAAAAUCAAUUUUAAAAAAAUUAAAUAAAUUACAACAACAAAAAAAAAGAUAA